AUCCCCAGCUCUGUUCUAUAUUUUAUUUAGAGACAGGGUCUCACUGAGUUGCUUGGUGCCUUGAUAUUGCUGAGGCUGGUUUUGAACUCGAGAUUCUCCUGCCUCAGCCUCCUGAGCUCCUGGGAUUACAGGCAUUUGCCACCCCGCCCAGCUGCUGUCUACUUCUUAAUUGUUCAUUUCCAAUAUAUGUAUAUGACAGUUACCAUAAUGUUAAUCUAUGAGAAUUUCUAUUUUGUUUUAUUCUUUUGUCAAGUUAAGCAUCAUAGCUCCUUUAGCCAUCUUGUUCAUCCUCCAUCAAUUUCAUGGGAAAUGAGCACAGAUCACUUUCUGCAUUUUGCAAAUGAGGAAAAUUGAACUCUAUCACUCAUUCACAUUCAAGGCACUAGUUGAAGUGUUGUGCACACAUUAAAGUCAUUCUUCCUCACAACAACCUUAUGAGCUUGUUAAUAAUAAUAUCCUCGAGUAAUAGGAGGAGAAGUUAAUGACUCGUCCAAAUUCAGAUAAUUAAUGAAUAGUGGAACUGGAUUCAAAAUGAAAGAGUGUGACUUCCAAGUUCAUGCCCUUGAGUAUUGUCAUGCCACACAGCUGCUGAAGGAAUCUUUCUGAAGGAUGGCUUUGCUUUGCACAUACCGUACAAACCUUCAGUGGUUCACAUUUUCCCAUAGGAUAAGACCAAGUUUCUUAGCCUAGCUUUCAAUGCUUCUGCAACCCACAGCCAACCCUGUGCUCCAGCUUAUCCUUUCUGAGCAGUGGAGACCCCUGGAGCAUGCCUGGAUACUGUUGCUUCUCCUAAUGAGCAUGUCGUCUUCCCAUCCUCUCAGUCCAGACCAAGCCCCGUGCAUUCCAGAAGUCCCUUUCCCCUCCUCCUGGGCUCAUUGCAUUUAUGGUGGUAUCUUCCUUUUUUUUUUUUUUUUUUUUUUUAUCGACACUUGACACUCACUGAUGUCCUUUGUCUGAUAUUUAGUCUGGGCUGUAUUUUGUUGAUGUACUUUCCAUUCACCUGUUGGUCUCUCCAUUGCAUCCUCAAUGCCAGCUUGUUGUUACUGCUGAUACCUCCGAGUUUUAAUAUUCGUAAACCUACUUAAUGAGAAGUUGGAUUCACAAUUGCAAUAUUUCCUCAGAUAUCAUCACAGUCUAUUCAUAGAUAACCACAUCUGCAUGUGGUGCACAUUAGCAAAUAAACCAACGUGGUCUGAGACCAUGGCCCGUGCUCUGUGAAAUCUUCUCUCCCUCAGAUUACCUUCAUAUUCCAGGAGGUCAAGACCGAAUAUUCUAAAUGCCCCCAUCAGUACCGCUCUGUGGAGGACUCAGCUGUGCUAAAGGACAAUAAAUGUUGUACCUCAGUUGCCAAUUUAAAAGGGUCUGGCCCCCUGUAUCUCAGCUUUAGAUGUGCUUCCUUCAGGUCUCUAGGGAAGGUCUGGAAGAAAGAGAAUUCUAAGUUUUGUUUCAAAGAACAGAACUUGUGUUCAAACUGAAGGCUGUUUGCUAAACUUUAGUUAUUUCAGUGCUGCCUUCAUAAUUUUUGCCAUAUCUCAUGCUCCCUUUUAUUUUUUUACUUGAAUUUUGAUUUCAUCCUAAGUAAUAACAACUGCAAAAAUCACAUGCUUAAAGUGCUUCUUAUAGUUUUUCAAAUGGAUAGCAAAAUAAAUGCAUAGCCAUUAGGUGAUUGUCUAUCUGCAUCCUGCACAGAAUUAUGUCACCUACCCCUGUGGUGUGCUUACUACCUUGGAAAAAAUUGUUCUAAGAUUGUGGCCUUUUCCUCUCUACCCCUUUCUAGAUGUGAAGCCUUUCUGAUGAGAGCACUGGUAUUCAGGCUGGGCACCUGUGUCCUGGCAGGUUCCACUAAGGCAUCUUUGGGCAUUUUGAGUUCUGGGCAAGACUAAGAGCAUUUUCUUUCCUAAAGAGCAAGAUAACAUUAGCUCUACUUCUAUUCCUUACCAUCUACAAGGAUGCUGGUUAAGACUGUGUUGGAAGAAAGCAUAUAUUGAUUUUUUAAGGUGUGAAAAUCAUAAGACAAGUGGAUCCAUCAUUAGCACUUCUGGAAAGAUUAUUUGUGGGUAGUAAUUCAUUUCAUGCAUUGAGUACUUCUUUGAGCUUCUUUGAACUCUUCCUAGCUUGGGAUCAGGAAAGCUGGCUUCAAGUAUACCUUGCUUAUUGUAAGGAAAUGAAAUAAAGGUCCAGGUGGCUUGGGACCUUAUUACACUUUUCUUCUACUUGACUCAGGUUGAAAAUAAGCCUUUGGCUCAAGUCCAGAAGCCACCCUCCAAGAUCAAGAACCUCAAAAUGACCCGACAUUUGCAUAAGAUAGGAAGUGUUGGUUAGUGACUUUAGGAAAGGACGCGGGCAGUGGAUGGAAGAAAUAGCUUUUUACAGGCACUUUUGGCCAACUCAGCAUGACAAUGAGAGCCCUUUAUCCAUAUCACCAUGCUUCUCUCCACACAGUUUUAAACAUGGCUAUUUGUUGAUAGUUAGAUUAUCUCUUUCCCAAUCAGUUAAUCAAUCAAUGUAGGAGGGCAGUGACCCAAGUGAGAAGGUCAAGUCUAUAAAGUAGCCAUAGAGGAAAUGGGAGGUUUUGUUGCAUCAAGAAAGAUUUGCAUUGUAUAGCAAAAAGGCCUUCCCCAUGUUUGGAAGGUAAAAUAUUGGAAUGAGAAUAAUAAUGGCUAUCACUUAUGGAAUACUCUACAUAGUUUCACAAAAGCUAUGAGGUAGGUCCCAUUUUUGAGAGUGAUGAAAUAAUUAAGGCUGAGAGAAAGAAUCAAUGUGACCCAUUCAGUGUCUACAGCUAGUGAGUAGUGGAAUGGGGAGUCAACCCCAGAUCCUGUGUGCUAGAUUACUCUGCUCCCUGGAAUCUUUUUUUUUUUCCCUCCAAGAAUCUGGGUUUAGGCUCAUCCUUGUUGUGGGGAGGAGUCUAGAAGAAAUGACCUCUGGAGAAUUUUCUUAUCUGAGGUUUCUAUACCUAUCCAAUUUCUCCUUCUAUAGGGUACAAACACCAAUAUUACUUCACUCCCUUUUAUGGAUACCAAGGAGAAGAAGAAUGUGAUCAACCUCCCACACAUCAGCAACAAAAUUCUGCUGAAGCCUGGUGUGCUGUCCCGGGUAGGACAAAUCCUGUCUGGAUGUGAGUGUUUGGGGGCAUAUAAAUAGUUUAUGUCCCCCAGAAGAAGUUGAAGUAGUUCUUUAUUACCAAUUUCUUUCCUUGGACAAGAAAUUCAAACGCACAGUCGUAAGCUUCUGAGUACAAGGCUUUAGAAGCACCUUUCCACCCUAGCAUGAAGACUCAUGAACACAAGGUAGAAGAGAAACCACCAAAGAAGCACAAGGUGCCUCUGACGGCAGCAGAAGCCCUAAAGAAUUUUAAGAGUAAGCUGUCUCCUUAUGAGCAAAGUGAAAUCCUGGGCUACACAGAGCUAUGGUCCCUGGGGCUUGAUGCUGAGAAACUCAAUGUGGCUCCAGAGAAAUUCAGCAAGACAAGUUUUGAUGAUGAACAUGGCUCCUAUCUGAAGGUCCUGCAUGACCACAUUGCCUACCGCUACGAGGUUCUGGAGAUGAUUGGAAAAGGGUCCUUUGGACAGGUGGCCAAGUGCUUGGAUCACAAAAACAAUGAGUUGAUGGCCCUGAAAAUCAUCAGGAACAAAAAGAGAUUUCACUACCAGGCCCUGGUGGAGCUGAGGAUCCUGGAAGUCCUCAGAAGGAAGGAUAAAGACAACAAGUACAAUGUGGUACACAUGAAGGACUUUUUCUACUUCCGGAAUCACCUCUGCAUCACCUUUGAACUUUUGGGAAUCAACUUAUAUGAGUUGAUGAAGAGUAAUAGCUUUCAAGGUUUCAGUCUAUCGGUAGUUCGGCACUUCAUGCUCUCUGUAUUGAAGUGCUUGCAAAUGCUUUACGUAGAGAAAAUCAUCCACUGUGAUCUCAAGCCUGAAAAUAUAGUGCUAUACCAAAAGGGCCAAAUCGCAGUUAAAGUUAUUGACUUUGGGUCCAGUUGUUAUGAGCACCAGAAAGUAUACACCUAUAUCCAGAGCCGGUUCUACCAAACCCCUGAGGUGAUUCUGGGUCACCCCUACAAUAUGGCCAUUGAUAUGUGGAGCCUGGGCUGCAUCUUGGCAGAGCUGUACACGGGUUACCCUCUGUUCCCCGGGGAGAAUGAGGUGGAGCAGCUGGCCUGCAUCAUGGAGGUGUUCCAUGCUGGGGUGUGUCAUUCCUAAUUCAAUGUGAUCAGCAUGUACCGACAUUGAGAUCUGGCUGCUAUCAAGGUGGCUUGCCUUUGUUGGUGCUGAUGUAUGUUUAGAAUAGCAUGUGAAUCUUAAGAUACUGAGACAGCCCUGGAGACAUGAGCUCUGGGUCCGCCAUGCUACUGACUUGAUGUCAUCACUUAAUAUCCUCAAGUUCUUAUCUGUAAAAGGCAAAAUGUGGCCAAAGUCCCACCUAGCUCUUAACAGUCUUUGAAUCUGUGACUUCACCAAGAGUGAACCAACUAUGCUGUGCUUGUUGAAGGUGCUGGGUCUGCCGCCAGCCCACUUCAUUCAGAUGGCCUCCAGGAGACAGAAGUUCUUUGUGGGGAAACAAGAUUGAACAAAGAGAAAGUACUUCAAGGACAAGGAAUAGAUGAACCUCUUUCAGAGACUGGAUUUAAAUAAGCGGCUGCUGCUGGUAGAUUUAUGAGUAAAGUGAGGUUUACUCAUGCUUUCUCCAGCGAUCGCACACGGGCAAAGCAGAGAUGAGGAAACUGGAGCACAUGGCUUAAGUAACUUGCACAAAUACACAACUAAUUCAUGGAAGAGGAUGGAUCUGAAUCCAGUUCUGACUUAGCUCUGCUUAGCUCUUUGCAAGAUGUGCAAGCCCACCCAGUAUGUUACAGCCAGAGCGAUGACACUUGAGCCUCCCUAAAUUGCUGAGACUGGCUUUGAACUUGCGAUCCUCCUGCCUCAGCCUCCCGAGCUGCUAGGAUGACAGAUGUGCACCACUUGUACCUUGGCUGAGAUUAAGAAUUCUAAAGAACCUUGCAAGAGAGAUCUGAUAGAGGAUGACUGGGGGGAAAAUACCAAUGGAGAAAGAAGCCUUGAAAGGCUUGCAGGAUUUAUCAGCAGCAGAUGCAGGUGACAGAUAUCACCCAGGAGUACAUAAAGUCAGCCAAUGCCAGUGAUACAGCCAAGAGCUCUGCAAAUGCUUUUCACAAUGAACAUGACUCUGCAAGACAUUAGGGGCUGGAGCUGGAUGUAUGUGCCUGACAUCCCUUCAUGCUGUCAUUUGUGACAUAUGCUUGGCCCACUGCACAAUGAGGAGAACUGAUUGCAGAGAGGGCACACAAAAUACAACUGCAGCACACAAGAUUUUCUAGAGCAGUGACACUAUUCUGAAUCCAUGGUGUUAUGCAUUAGUCAAACACCAAGAAAUGUACAAAAUGAGAGUAGAGUCCUAAUUUGAACUGUAGAGGUGCUCUAAUAACAAUAUGUCAAUAGUGUUCUUCAGUUAUAACAAAUGUUCCACGCUAGUGUACGAUGUUAAUAACAGGAGAAAUUGUGUGUGAGGUGGGGAGAGGGAAGAAUCUCUAAGGUUCCUCCAGGGGCUUUGUCUGGAUGUGGAGUGCUCGCUGGUCUUGCAGCCCCUCCAAUUGUUUGCUUUCUCACCUGUUUUGCUUGAUCAUCAAAUGUGGCUGGUGACUGGAAGAGUUUAAAUUUCCUAAGAGACUUGUUUCUCUCCCAUGUCUUGCUUAAAAUGUCUGUCCCAGGUGAGGGAUAAAUGGAAGGAAGGCAGGUUUCUUUAAUCUAAUAUUUAAUAUAAUUAUUAUAUUACAUACUUUUUAAAGUCACUAUAAUAUCAGUCUCAACCCAACAAAUUUCCUCAAGUGUAAAUCUAAAAACACAGAUAGACUCCCACCGGACAUUUCAGAAUGAAAUGCGAGUGAGUUCUGUAACUUUGCAGAAUCCAUGAUAUUGCUAAAGCUUCUGGUUCCAUAACCAGAAGCUUGUUUUGCCUGGACAAGAAGAGGAUUCUCAGAUGCCUUCUACUGGGGACACUAGCAAGAUCACAGAAGAGCUUGAGAGUGAAGGGUGAAGGAUCACUUGCAACUGAUCAGUAAUGGCAGCCUCAAUUCCUUUCCUCCCCUCUCAGCUCCUCCCCUUCUCCCCUCUCCUGCUCACAGCCUCCUCCUUACUGAAAUCCCUCUCCAGCCUCUGCAGCUUAUGGGAGAUGAAACAAUGUGUAUCCCCAGGCAGGGGAGACCCAGCCUCAUGAAAGUCUUCAUAAAAGAUUCUCUUUGGGUGAUAAGAACAGCGUUAUGUUUGUUCCACUCAGUGAAAAGCCAAGAUGUAGGUGAGACUUAGUGGAGUCUCAAUCUAAGGAGGCUGGUACAAUUUUAUUAUCUCCAUUUUGCAUCACGUCUCACAUUUACAAAGAACUUUCUAGCUGCAUGCUCUUUGUAAAACAUCCUCAGAUGCAGUCUCUUGGUUUUUCUCCAGAACCCACGACAUAUUAAGGAUCCUCAUCUUUCCUAUGAAGAUACUGAGGAGCAAUUUGUGACUUGACCAAGAUCACACACCUAGUGUGAUCCUUGUCUUCUUUCUCUGUAUUCAAGCUCUAUCAAGGACACCUGGUUUGUGAAUGUCCCUGUUUCAAGAUUGUAUCUUCAGUGCUGAAGCCACCAGGCUGGGCACCUGGUGUGCAGAGGGCCAUGAUAGGGGGGAGGCAGGGGAUUCGCAGCCCUGGGAACAGCGCUCCUCAGGUAAGCUCUGAAUGUGUCUUCCUUAGGUAGAGGAAGAAGGAGCAGUGGUUGGAGCCCUGAGUUACUGUACCUGCAGUCUCUGCGGACUGCUCCUACCCCUCUUCUCCCAUUGUGUUCUUUUGUCUGAGAGAUCAGUCAUGCUUCCAAAGCUGAGAUUCUGCCCAAGGAAGGAACAAUAGAAACUGGACUAAGAGGAACCUUGUGUGCACGCACGUGUGUGUGCGUGUGUGUGUGUGUGUGUGUCCCCACACAGGCUGCCCAAUCUGAUUGGCGCUCCAAGGCUGCCCAACAGGACCCAGCCCACCCUCUCAGGAUGCCUGGGGCUUGUCACGCAGCCCACAUCGGGGAACAGACAUCCUGGUUCCUACUCACCUCCCUGGAGCCCAUGACCUGGGCUAGCCUAUGGUGUUUGGGAUGCUGCACAUCCAGACUCAUGUUAUCUCAGGAUCCUGGGACUCCUUGGCUCCCCUGUCCUGCCUCCUCCCCUCUCUGUGGACACGUAGCCACCACACACUUCUCAGAGGGCUAUUUCUAGCUGAGGGGCCGGUAAUUCAGCCCCAGCCUGUCAGCUCAGGCUGUCUGUGUGCCGCAGCUGGGAUGGGCAGCCUGACACGUUGUGGGUUCAGCAGAGUGCAGGAUGUUGGGGCUUCCGGGGGCAGGCACCCCCCCCCCCGCCGCCGCCUGCUGGAGGUCAGGGUUGCUGAGAUGUGGGGGUGAGGAACAGACAGGAUGCUCCUGCUGCGUGGGAAGAGCUGGUGGCCACCAGGAGACAGAGCUUAGCCUCAGUGCUCUGUGCUCUGCCCACCGCAGCCCUUCCCUGGGGAGCACCUUUUUUCUCUUUAGCAGGCUGAGAGUUAACAUAGCCUUGUGGGCUCUGGGUCAAGCUGUGCUUUACAGCACACAGGCCAUCUUUGUCAAGUUACAUCACCUCUCUGAGCCUCAGUUUCCUUAUCUGAAAAAUGGAGAUAAUAAAAUUGUACCAGCCUCCUUAGAUUGUGGGGAGAGUUUAAUAAUCUGCCAUAGAAUACUUAAUCUCAUGUGAAGAGGUCACAUAGAGCUGCUUGGUAUAGAGUAGAUUUUAUUACUGUUGUUGCUGUUGUCUCUUUUCUUCACCCUCCUAUCAUGAAUUCCUUGCAGGUGACUUUCAAGGUUAUUGCUAUUUCCAGAGUUAUCUCUGAUGCUGGAUCCAUUUUAGAUGCCUAGAAAGUAUUCAGUAAAUGAAAGAAUGAAUUCUUCCCUUAGUGUGAUCUGAUGGAAAGAACACUGAACUCAGCAAUAAAACAAAAAUAUCAUAGAUUAAAGUGAAAUUAUGUAAUUUGCAUAUGGAAAAUGGAUGGAACUUGAGACCAUUAUAUUAAAUGAAAUAAACCAAACUCAGAAGGUCAAGGGUCAUAUGUUUUCUCUCACA